UAUUACAUGAAUUUAAUCACAAAACUGCUGUAUAAGGAUAUUCACUACCAAACAACACACCCUUUACUGACCUUAGCAGGCUGCUUGCAAAUCUAACAUGUAUGUUCAAUUGAUUUCGUGUUAUCUCUUGGUUUUCUUAACACCAAGUAACUCUGAAGACAGGGCUACAGUCACAAUCAGUCUUGAUGCUCCUUACCGCAUUGUUGCUGAUGAUUUCCUCUCAGUCACAAUAGACGCAGGCUCUAUAUCAAGGAAUUGGAGUGACAUUGAUUUUACUGCUACUAAAAUCAUCAACAUGGCCAAGGCUUUGGUACCUGUCACUUUGAGAGUUGGAGGGACUUCCCAAGACUUCUUGAUAUUUGAUCCUAACAAGCAGGAGGAGGAGGAGGAGGAGGGACAAAAGGAAGAGAUAAUAACAAGGAAAGGCACUUUGUCCACUUCGUUUGAUUGGUUUGCAGAUUCAAAUUUUUAUAUGUCACCGUCACAAUGGGAUGCAGUGAAUGAGUUCACUAAAGCAGUUGGCUGGAAGUUUAUAUUUGGUUUGAAUCAGAGAUUACAAGAUUCCAAUGGAUCAUGGAAUUCAACAAAUGCUGAACUUCUCAUUGAUUAUACUUUAAAGAAAAACUAUGCAGUGGAUUGGGAAUUGGGAAACGAGCCAGAUCUGUAUUACAAACACAACACAACUAUAACUCCUCAGCAAAUAGUUGACAAUUUCAAGAAGCUUAAGUCAAUACUUGAGAAAAAGAACUAUCCUGAUAUUUUUAUGGCUGGGCCUGAUGUAGCAACUUUGGCAAGAGGAAGAAUAUUUUCAGAUUUUAUAGAAGCAGAUUCAGAGAGUGACAGUAAAUUUAUUAAUGCAGCUACGUGGCACCAAUAUUACGGUAGCAGCGAAAACAUUACUCUUGAUGAUUUCCAUUCAGUCAAAGAAUUGGAUAAACUCUACGAUGAAAUUGAAGAGUUGAUGGGCAUUGCCAGUAAGGCAGGAUACAAAGGUGACCUUUGGUUGGGCGAAACCUCAAGCUCAUACGGAGGAGGAAGAGCUCUUUAUUCAGAAUCCUUCAUAUCAGGAUUUAUGUGGCUUGACAAGUUAGGUGUGACAUCGUACACGCAAAAGAAAGUUUUUCGACAGGAUUUCGUGGGAGGAAAUUAUGCUUUACUUGACAAGAAUCAAAACCCACUCCCAGAUUAUUGGUUAUCGCUACUGUACAAGAGGCUAGUAGGGCCUGAGGUUCUUGAAGUUAAAGGAGCCAAAGAUAAAGGACGUAGUGUAAGGACUUACGCUCACUGCGCUAAACAACCAUAUCCUAAAGGAAGUGUAGUCCUCCUAGCUCUUAACACCAACACUGAUGCUGCUCAAAUCAGUCUUGAGAACAGUGAGCUCAAAUCAAGUAGCAGAGACGUGUACUGGUUGACUCCAUCAGAAAAUAAUUCAACAAGCCAAGAUGUUCUAUUAAAUGGAGUAAAAGUUGAGCUAGUUAAUGGAGACUCCAUUCCUCAACUGCAGCCUAAGGCUGAGCCAAGUGGUACUAGCAUGGAACUGCCUUCUUUAUCUUUUGGAUACAUUGUCUUUACUAGUGCUAAUGCUAAAGCAUGCAUGUGAGAAACUGCUACAUAAUUUAUGCUGAACUAUUGCUAGCUACAUGUAUAUCAGGCUCAAAAAUUGGUUGUAAUAUAAUUUCUAAUGCAGAGCUAAAUUUUUUAAUUACAUUUUCCCGAUACAUGUUGCAUGUAUUUUGUUUUAUGUGACCAUGCAAUGCAAGAA